AUGGAGAAUAUUAUGUCAGAAUCGCUCGAUGAUACAGCUAUGGACUUCAAACUGCUUCUUAGUGAAAUGAAGGCAAUCCGUGCUGAGAUGCGCUUGUUCCAUAAUUCUAUGACAGAUCUAAUGACUGCCAUUAAGAUGCAAAGCAGCCGCAUUGACUCCAUUGAAACCAGAAUAUCAGCCUUAGAAGACAAGUCAAAAGGCUUACAACUUUGUGAAGUUUCGACUUUGGAAGAGACAACGUUACAGUUGAAGUCACAAAUAUUGGAACGUGACCAAGACUUACUCGCUAAUGAUAUCCAGGUAGCGUGGUUCCCUGAAACGAGUGGUGAAAAUACCGCACAUAUUAUCUUGGCUAUUGCCAAGAAAUUAUGCGUGGAUCUGGAUGAGCGCGAUGUGGUGUCUUCAGAGCGUACAGGUUUUAUACGCGAAAAUGGCUAG